GGUAUGAAUUGCAGGUACAAUAAUAGAAGGGGGAGGGGAUAGAUGUAAUAUGGAGUAACUGAGAAAGCAAGCAAGCAAGGACGGGAGGGAUUAAACUUAUCCGGCUGUGUUUUCUGGACACAAAUAUGGCUACGGUGGGAGGCAUUUCCGAAGCGAAUGGAUCCCAAAACAGCCUUGAAGCCGAACAACUUGCUCGCCUCGCCCUCUCUCAGCAUAACGCCCGAACGAAUUCGAAUUUGGAGUUUGGGAGAGUGGUGAAAGUGCGAAAGCAGGUGGUUGCCGGGACAAUGCACCAUAUAACGCUGGAGGCAAACGACGGGGGUCAUAAAAAGGUGUACGAAGCUAAGGUGUGGGAGAAGCCAUGGGAGAACUUCAAGGAAUUGCAAGAGUUCAAACUCGUUACCGAUGGUGCCCCUUCUUCUUCUUAGCUCAAUAAGGCUAGUGUGCGCUCUUAUCUGCACUAGUAGUACUCUUGGAAAAUAAAGUCUCAUGUUAUGAUGAUCAAAUAUAAAUUAAACCAUCUCCUAGGGAGAGUGUGGUUAAUGAACCAUGAUCAAUAAUACUAUAAUGAUUUCUGCGUGCCUUUCAAGUUUUACUUCUUCAUUGGUGUUUUUUGUUUUGUUUUAUGCCUUUUUGGUGGAACC